CCUAAUGGAUUAGCUUCCGGGUCGUAAUACACUGCGGAGGUCAAGGUGUCCAUGCGUGUUAUAUAUUCUUUAACGUCUAUGGUUAUAUUUUAGACGAUACCAGUCAAAGCUGAUUGUUUUAACAAAUAUAACUUAUUGAAUAUGAGUGGACCGAUAAAGAAAGCCGGAUCGGGAUCAUCUGGAAUCUCGGACUGGAUCGGCAAAGCCUGUCGUUUUGCCACAGACAGAAAUGAUUUCAGAAGGAAUCUCCUCGUCAACCUGGGUCUGUUUGCAGCAGGCGUUUGGGUAGCGAGAAACCUGUCAGAUUUUGACCUCAUGGCCCCUCAACCAGUAACAUAGGUGGACAGAACUGUAUGGAAAUCAUAAUACAACAUUAUUUUAACAGAUGCUGACCAAAUUAACCAUCUUAAGAGGAAAUGGCCUUCUACACAGUGACCAAUGGCUGGAAGGGGUUGUCUCCUGAGAUAUUGUGUGGAAUUAAGGAUUUUCUUGUCGUUAUGAAAGUGUUCUGUUUGUGCUGCUUUCUUUGUUUUGCUUUGAGAGGUAACAUGCUGUGAUAUUUAAUAAUGGAUAAAAGUUCCCUAGAGUAAAUGCA